AUGGUUUUGGCGCUCGCGCUGAUCCUGCUGCUCUCGUCACUCGCCAACACGUCACAAGCGCGUCGUUCGCAAAAGCGUCUCAUCAUACAUGUACCGUUCCGGAUUAAAACGCACCACCACACACACACCGUGUAUGCACACAUACGCAGCGCCGCCAGUGGCAGCAGCGGCAGCGGGCAUAAGGCGAGUGGCGCAAAGCAGCAGACAAUCUACAAAAUCCUUAGCUUUGCCAUGCAGGGCAACGGGUAUGGUGGACCGACUGGUCACGGAGGACACAGUGGACACGGACAAGUCGCGCAUAAGAGCGCUCAUGGUGGUAAUCAUGGCGGCGGCGGUGAGGGUGGCUAUGAGCACGAAAUUGCGCCUGCCGCUCACGAGCACCACAGUCAAAGCGCCGUUAUGUACGAUGAUUUUCAUGGUGGUGGUGGCGGCGGUGAGCGCGGUGAACGCGCGGGCAGAUGUAGCGAUGCUCCACAUGGCUAUGGCGAUAUGCUGUUCAAUCAUUUUUCGCGCAGCAGCGAUGAAAGCAAUGAAAGCGACGAAUUUCCGGAAGUGGAGGAAUAUGUUGAUGAGGACGAGCAAGGCUUUGAAUGGGAAUGA